AUGGAUGAGAACUUUGUAGUAACCUUAAUCAAUCCAUUUUCAAGGGUUAAAGGGAGAGAGAAAGAAAAUUCAGUCAUCUAUCUUCCUCCAUUAAUCCCCCCAGAGGGAAGUGAAGCACAAUGGUCCGCAGAAUGUGACUCCUAUAUAUUCAAGGCUACAAUCUCAGCUGAUCCAAUUUUAAGUGUGAAUGAUUGCAUUGUUAUGAUUAUAUAUGAUGAUUUAUAUAAACUGGCUUUUAUAAGACUUGGGGACACAACAUGGAGUUAUACGAAUGUUCGUACUCAUUUUGAAGAAGCUGUCCAUGUUGAGAAUAACAUCUGCGUUGUUGAUUAUUGGUCCAAACUUCACUCUAUUGAUGUUACUUCCCAAUGUCACGAAGAUGGUGUUAAAUUGGUGGCACACGGCGUUAAACGACCUGAUGAUGACUAUGUUAAAAGUUAUUUAGUGGAGUCAAGUAAAGAGAGAGGCUUGUUGAUGGUUCGAAGGUAUUAUUAUCAUGAUGAAGACAACAAUAACAAACGUGUGACAACAAAAUUCAAAGUGUACGAGUUGGAUUUCAAUGAGCAUCGAUGGGUCCAAAAAAGAACCUUAGGUAAUGUUGCUCUCUUUCUUGGUGAUAAUUCUUCAAUAUCAGUGUCAGCUUCCAAUUUUACUGGAUGUUUAUCGAAUUGCAUAUACUUCAAUCAUGAUGCUGAUGACGUAGGAUUUGAAUAUGAAUUUUUUCAUGAUUUUGGUGUAUAUGAUGUAAAACGUAAGAGCUUUAUACCAGUUGAGAAUACUGAUGCAGCAACGCUAGUGAAGAAGAGCAAACAACCAUCGAUAUGGGUUUUGCCAACAUUUCAAUUGUAA